CUACAAUACCCCAACUCCAAGCGUAGAGAGCCCCUCACUCUCUCUGCCUCCAAGAGCACAGCACUGGAGACUGGAGAGAGACAGAGAGGUGGAAAUUCUUGGAGAGUGUACUCAAUUAUUAAAUGGGAAGGAGUCCUUGCUGUUCAAAGGAGGGCUUGAACAGGGGAGCAUGGACAGUUAUGGAAGACAAAAUACUCACAGAAUAUGUCAAACUUCAUGGUGAAGGAAAAUGGAGAAAUCUUCCCAAGAGAGCAGGGCUUAAGAGAUGUGGGAAAAGUUGCAGGCUAAGAUGGUUAAAUUAUCUUAGACCUGAUAUUAAGAGAGGCAACAUAACCCGUGAUGAAGAAGAGCUCAUUAUUAGGCUGCACAAACUCUUGGGGAACAGAUGGUCUUUGAUAGCUGGUCGGCUUCCAGGCCGAACAGACAAUGAAAUCAAGAACUAUUGGAACACCAACAUUGGAAAGAAAGUUCAAGAUCACCUAAGCCAGACUUCUAAAAGAUCAAAUCAAGUACACAGACAAGAAAAGCAAAACCAGAGUGUGGAAAAGUCAGCUAGGGGUCCAGCUGAAGCAAAAAUAGGCUCAUCAUGUGUGGUCCGAACCAAGGCAACAAAGUGUACAAAGGCUGUCAAUGUCAUCACCUCCGAGCAGCCAAUACAACUUGACCAACAUAACCAAAUUAUUGAGACUAAGCCAGAGGUUGGAGUUGAAGUUCAAUCCUCCAUGGUUCAUCAUCAUGACCCGGUUGAUUUUUCACAAUUCAUGUUGGGAGAAAACAAUCCAUCCAACUUCAUGAUGGAUUUUGAGAUGGAAGAAAAUUUCAUAUCGGAUCUUCUCAACAUGGAUUUCUCACAGUUACCUUGUUUUGAAGAUGGGGGUUAUAGUAGCUCUAAUACAUGUGACAAAGGCCACUCAUCUCCAAUUUCUGAUCACACACACUUGGUUUCUGGUGAUACGCUGCAUGGCUCAAAUUUUCAAUCAGUGGGUCCUUUAAUUGAGUCUGAAUUGGAUUGGCUUUGUGAUUAAGGAAACUGUACUUGAAUAACCAUUCUCUCAAAAUUAGGAAAGAUAAUUGUCCUUGGUCUAGAUCUUAGCUAGCUAUAGUAGUACCAUGCACAUAACCCUUGCUACUUAAUAAGCCUACAAAAUAAUUCCUCUAAUUAGUUGUGUAGAUUACGUGAAUAUGGUUGCCGUGUGAGUUCUUUUGUCUGAAAAAAUUCUCUGGUGUUUGAUACCCAACUGUUCGGGAAUUCUACAAGGAAUAAUAUUAUUGAUCACUUUUGGCUUGGUCC